CCUAGUAAUGAACGCAGAGAGUAUUGCGAAACGGUUGUUGAAAUGCGUUGGCUUGAAACAUUAUGUCUUAACAUCCUGCCCAAACAGCAAAGCAUGUUACGAAGUGACUAAAGUUAACUCAUGCUACACUCAUUUAGUUAAUACUGGAAGAGGAAAAAAGGCUUUAAAUUGUCUCCAUUCAGAGCUGGACAGACAUGAACCCGUCUCCACAGUCUGAAGUCAGGCCUCAGAGUGCCGUGCUGAUUUCAUCACUUGUUGUGAUGAAUAUUAUUUGGUGGAUGGUUAUGAUUGCAGCCAUUGGUUUGGGGGUUACACAUCUGAACAGUUGUCCAUUACAGCCCAACAUCCCCAUUUACCUCAUAGUGCUGGGAACGACCAGCCUCCUCUCUCUGUCUCUGACCUACACCCGGGCCAUCCCCGGGGAUGGCGUUGUCUCCAUCAUGUGCUCGGCCUGCACGGUCAUCCUGCACCUCUUCAGUUUCUGCUGGUUCAUUGCAGGCUCUAUCUGGGUUUAUCCUGUCUAUCCCCCCAUCUACACACCUGGAACAUCUCGAUCCUGCCACAGGACAACCUACCAGUUUGCCUUCAUUAUCACCACCUUAGUGUGGGUUGCUAUGGCUUUCAUCUUCUUCUGCGGAUGCUGCUUCGCUCUGCUGACCUGCUGUACCACUGUAAUUGCGGGACGCAGAUUGAUACCCAGCCGUUUUAGUUUCUAUGGUGCAACAAGUGAUUCUCAACCCACUGCUGGUGAUGUGUGAUUUUAAUUUUUGUCUUCAAAUGUCUAAGGAAUGUACAUUGACAAGAGUGGAACUUUUUCCCAGAUUAUGACAGUCCUGCUAUGGUAGGUAUAUUUG